CUUUUCCUGCAUCUCAAGGUGAUUACCAGAUCGGGAUUUCUGCACUAAAGGCAGCAGAGCAGGAUCAUCUUGCAGUGCAGGCUAUGUUGAAGAGGUUACCGAGCGGGUGAUGGAGAAUUUAAAAACGCGCCUUUGCUGAAAGAGAGGCAGCAAUGGAUCAGAGGAGAGCAGCCUGGCCAAGCAAACUGCCCUACUCACCACAGUGCUGAAAACAAGGUGCUUCUGGUUGGACAGCACAUGCUGCAGGGAUGUACAGCUGAGGGAAUGUUUAUGAUUUGCCAAAGUACGAGGGGAACUCAGCAAGGACAUCAGAACUGGGAUGCCCCUGUCUUCUCUCUUCAGGGGUGCCUUGCUUCACGUGCGUCUUUUGUCUGCUAUGCUGUGUCUAAACGGUAAAACCACUAAAAAUAAGAAGUCAGCAAGGUGGAUUGGGUGAUCAGGUGCAUUUCUCUUUUGGAAGAGAUGGUCCUGGUCAUGAAACUUCUGUUCCUCACCUGCCUAUGGCCAACAGCAGUGCUACACAGUUCUCACAGUCAGCAUCACCGUCUUCAUCGUCGGCAACAAAUGGCAUUCUCAAGGAAACAUAACAGCAAACGAGAAAUUAAAAUGAGGAAACUUGACAGCACAAAGGUCCGACCACUUAGAUCUGAGCAGCUUCUUCACAUAGAGGAGCAUGACUUUGCACUGAGACCUGGAUUUGGAGGGUCACCAAUACCUGUGGGCAUUGAUGUGCAGGUGGAGAGCAUUGACAGCAUUUCUGAAGUUGACAUGGACUUCACAAUGACUUUGUAUCUCAGACACUACUGGAAGGAUGAGAGACUCUCAUUCCGUAGCAACAAAAACAAAAGCAUGACCUUCGAUGGGAGGCUGAUAAAAAAGAUCUGGGUGCCUGAUGUGUUUUUUGUGCACUCCAAAAGAUCUUUCAUCCAUGACACAACUGUGGAAAACAUCAUGCUCCGAGUGUACCCCGAUGGCAACGUCCUCUUCAGUCUGAGAAUAACAGUUUCUGCUAUGUGCUUCAUGGAUUUCAGUAGGUUUCCCCUGGACACACAGAACUGUUCUUUAGAACUGGAAAGCUAUGCAUACAAUGAAGAUGAUCUGAUGUUGUACUGGAAACACGGCAACAAGUCCCUGAGCACAGAUGAGCACAUCUCCCUCUCCCAGUUCUUCAUUGAGGAAUUCAGUGCUUCCAGUGGACUUGCUUUUUACAGCAGUACUGGUUGGUACAAUCGACUUUUUAUCAACUUUGCACUCCGCAGACAUAUUUUCUUUUUUGUGCUACAAUCCUACUUCCCAGCCAUGCUGAUGGUGAUGCUGUCUUGGGUUUCCUUUUGGAUUGAUAGAAGAGCUGUUCCUGCCAGGGUGUCAUUAGGUAUAACCACAGUGCUGACAAUGUCGACCAUCAUGACAGGAGUAAGUGCCUCAAUGCCUCAAGUGUCUUACAUAAAGGCUGUGGAUGUGUAUUUAUGGAUCAGCUUCCUUUUUGUCUUCCUGUCAGUCAUCGAGUAUGCGGCAGUGAACUAUCUCACCACCAUUGAAGAGAGAAAACAACUCAAAAAAAGGGGCAAGGCUUCAGGAAUGUACAGCAUGGACGCAGUGCAAGCAAUGGCUUUCGACGGCUGCUUCCACGACACGGACGUGGACAUGGACCUGAGUCCCUUCCCAGAUCCCUGUGAGGAGAAUGAGACCAGGGCAAGUCAGACCAACAUCUCCAAUGCAGACACACCUCGCCUGAAGAGGAAGAGAUCUCUGAAGGGAAACGUGGGCAGGAUUAUUUUACAGAACAAUCACGUUAUUGACACGUAUUCCAGGAUUAUAUUUCCCAGUGUAUAUAUUGUGUUCAACUUUUUUUACUGGGGCUUGUACAUAUGAACAAAGAUGCUUAUAAGCUAGACUUUAUUUUGUGUAGGAGGGUUGCAUCAUACUUUAAAAGUAAUGCAACAGCAGUAGAGGAGAAGGUAACGAUUGUCCAAAAGAGACUUCUGAAUCAAACCUGAGCUGGUUUGGUCAGCAGCAAAACUCUUCGUGAAAAACUCUCACGUCUGGGUUCUUUUCCCACUGGACUAUGCAGAGCUUCACCAGGGUGAUCCCAUGCACAGGCUGUGCUGCAGUGGCACAGGAGCUGUGUGCUCGCUGAGGGAGCCCUUUGUCACCCCCCUGGACAGACAGCAGCUCCCACCUGAGGCACUGCCCUGUCUCUGCACUCCAACCCUUCCUCUCCAAUCAGCCUCUGAUCUUCGCCUGUGCUCCAUUUUGGUCAGCAGUUGGCACAAACCGCUCUGGGAUAACCUUGGGAUGCCUCCUGUCCCUGUUUUACUUCUGCAUUUCAAUUUUCCUGGGCAGCCUCUGCCCUCAGAUGGGAAUCAGGGGGAAAACUGUGGCUUAGCAGUGCAGUAAGGACCAGCAGGAAGCAGGAAGCCACGCUGAUGGGGCUCAGUAGAUUGUGCAUCAACAACAGCUUAAGAAAACCCUUUGCCCUUGUCAGCUGUCCGUGAUUCUCCAUGGGACCUCUUUUUGAAGAAUCUGCCUCACCAGUCCCUGAGGCACCACAGGAGCAAUGUCCCAGGCCCUGUGCACUUGCAGCCUCCUCCCAGGUGGAUGAGCAGCAUCCCCAGAUGGAGCUGUGUCCUUCACGUGUCACCCACACCCUCUGCCUCACCUCAGCCUGCUGUAACCCCCUGCUUCCAGCAGAACCCUUUGGUUUAGAAACAAAGGCUUUGAGACAGAGGUUUUAGAUGACUUUGUCAAGAGAACAAACCAACCACGCCUUUGGUUCUUCUGCUUCAUGUUGCAUGUGAACUUGGGGUUUUGCCUCCCUCCUCUCCCUUUGGCUUUUGAGAUUGAAUGUUCCAGUGAGGAGAAGCUGCAUCCGCCCCUUGCAGCAGUGAUCCCCAGCACAGUUCUAGGAAAUAAAAGGAAACAGCUGUGCCAAAACAGAGACACAUACAGGAAACCUGUCAGUCUCAGAUGAAUCCUGCGUGGAGAUAUCCUUAGGUUCAGGCUAAGGAGGCUGAGUUAAGGAUGUUCAGGGAUAAACACAGAAAGUUUUCACAGCUCCAGAAAAGAAUUAAGAUUACUUUGGUAACUUUCCCAAAUAAGGAGCAUUUUCCACAAUAUUCCUUGGGUUCAUCGUAAUUUAAUGAGCUGAGUUUGUAUUUACAAAGUCAGCUCAAAAUGAUCAUUUGUGAUGGCAAAAAGUGUCACAA